GUACUUUCGGCGGUCUGUCCGGCUGGGCAGACGUCAGAACCUGACUGACACCGACGCUGCAAACCUGAGAACGACGUGAUCGAGUCGAGAAGAGAGCCUGGUCAUGAGGAUUGUGGUGUAGUCUUAUGGAACAAUCUUAUGGACUCGUAAUUGGGCAGAGAGCAGAUUCAAUCAUACAAUAUACCUACAACAUGAUUCAUGCCGACUCGGGACCUGCUCAUGGUCGCAAAUAUUUUCAGUAUCCUCAUUUCAAGCAGCGUCGGCAUCCACAAUGGCAGGCUUGACGAAAAUAGUGCUCUCGCCGACAUUCCUUAUCCUGGGCACGUUUUUCUUCAUCGCUCUCAACCUUCUUGCAUUCAUACUGGCUACCCUCCGCCCGAAGAACUUUCCUCCAGGACCUCGUGGAUUCCCCGGCGUGGGCAAUCUCCUUCAGUUACAUAGGACUUUCCCGUUUCUGACGUAUAGCUCGUGGGCUAGGCGCUAUGGGAACGAUACUCCGCUUGGAAUCAAGAAAGGGUCCACCAAUGUCGUUGUGUUGAACAGCCGUCGUGUGGUAGCAGAGCUCUUUGAACAACGAGGCGCAUUAUACAAUGACCGUCCUUGGGAAUAUAUGAGUGGGACUUGGGUACACAAGACAGAUCUGAGGGCAGCUGUCUUCCAGAACAGCUCACCUUGGCUUAUCCGGUGGCGCCGCGAGUUCGCACACUUCUUCGGCCCCGGGGCACUCACAAGGCACCGUGCAGUGUAUGAGGCUGAGACCUCCAGGCUAUUGGUCAAGCUAAAGGACUCACCAGAUGCGCGGAGGGCUCAACUCCAAGACAUACUUCUGACAUGGAUAAUGAGUGUACCUUGCAUUGGCGUGUGUGGCAAGCGUCCGGAUGAGAUGGACAAAUAUGGUUUCAGCAUCAAGCACUUCCGUCAGUGUAGCAUCGACUACGCCGCCCUCAUCGCUCCGCAGCCCUUCGAUAUAUUCCCGGUGUUGCGCUAUCUUCCCGAUUCCUUCGGCAUGGCGCGCUGGAAAGAGAAGGCCCGCAGCGUUCGGAAAGGCGUGUUCGAUUGUGGCACUCAAUUCUUGAGCGCCGCUGGUGAACAACGCGAGGCUUUGGAUGCAGGAAAGACAAAUGGGUCGGAGAGUAUGUUGGCAAGUAUGCUCCGGGAGCAGCGCGACAACAAGGAUCAGACGUUUACUACCGCGGAUAUUGGCAACACUGCAUUUCACGUGGUGACUGCCGGCUCAGGAACAUCCCUUGCGUUCAUGAGCGUUGUGCUUAUGAUCCUGGCCAAGUACCCAGAAGUACAAACGCGGUUGCGAGAAGAAGUGCUCAGGAUAACGUCAAAUCUGCCGCCUACCGUGUCAGAUAUCGCAGACCUGAAAUAUAUGGAUGCUGUUUGGAAUGAGGUCCACCGCUGGCGUUCUGUCACACCUCAAGCGUUCCCUCGAGCGACAUCCCAAGACGACGUUUACGAUGGCUUCCACAUCCCCAAAGGUACCACAGUGUUGAUUAAUGCAUGGCAUAUCCAUCACUCUGAGGAAGACUACGAUCGACCCGACGAAUUCAUUCCCGAGCGAUACCUGCGACACCCUCUGGGCAUGCGACCGGAGCUGCGCGACAAGACUGAACAGGGCGAAACGGCUGCAUCGCGCGUCACGUUCGUGUUUGGGACCGGGAGAAGAAUCUGCCCGGGAAUGCACGCGGCAAAGCAGAACCUGCUUCUGGGCCUCGCCAAGAUCCUUUGGGCAUUCGAUAUCCUUCCGCCCGAAGGAGAAGCAACGAUCGACUUGAGUAUGGAGACGGGCUUCGUAUUCGAGAACUUCUUCCUCCGUCCAAAGGACUUUGACGUGGUGUUGCGGAUGAGGGAAAAGCGCUCGGCAGACGACAUUUCUAAGCAUUAUUCUGAUGCUUACCAGGCCGAAGCUGAAUUUCUGGGGUGGUGA